AUGAAAGGACUCUUGUAUGAGAUGCUUAGAUCUGCGAAGACAGGGAGCUCAAAAUCCACCUGGAAGGUACUGAUCAUGGACAAACUUACUGUCAAGAUAAUGUCGUAUGCCUGCAAAAUGGCUGACAUCACACAAGAAGGAGUUUCACUGGUUGAAGACAUAUUUAGAAGAAGACAACCUCUACCUUCAAUGGAUGCCAUAUACUUCAUCCAGCCUACAAAAGAGAAUGUCAUCAUGUUCUUGUCAGACAUGUCUGGGAAAUCACCCUUGUACAAGAAUUCUCCAGUUUCCAAGGAGCUGGUUGGUCACAUCAAAAAAGAUUCGAGUGUAUUACCUCGGAUUGGAGCAUUGAGAGAGAUGAAUUUGGAGUUUUUUGCCAUUGAUAGCCAGGGUUUCAUCACGGAUCAUGAGAGAGCUUUAGAGGAUCUUUUUGGUGACGAAGAAACUUCUCGAAGAGGCGAUGCGGUCUUGAAUGUGAUGGCUUCUCGUAUUGCCACCGUCUUUGCUUCACUACGGGAAUUUCCAUCAGUACGAUACCGAGCUGCAAAGUCACUUGAUGCUUCAACAAUGACAACUUUGCGCGAUUUAAUUCCCACAAAGCUUGCAGCUGGAAUCUGGAAUUGUCUGGCCAAACAUAAACAGUCGAUUGAAAAUUUCCCUCAGACUGAAACGUGCGAGCUACUCAUCCUCGACAGAUCUAUAGACCAGAUUGCCCCUAUUAUACAUGAGUGGACUUAUGAUGCUAUGUGCCAUGAUUUACUGAACAUGGAAGGGAACAAAUAUGUACAUGUGAUUCCAAGCAAGUCAGGCGGACAACCAGAGAAGAAAGAUGUGCUCUUGGAGGAACAUGAUCCUAUUUGGCUAGAGCUUCGGCAUGCACAUAUAGCAGAUGCUAGUGAAAGAUUGCAUGAUAAGAUGACCAAUUUCUUAUCAAAAAACAAAGCAGCUCAGCUUCAGCAUGGUAAGAGAGAUGGAGGUGAGCUUUCUACAAGGGAUUUGCAGAAGAUGGUUCAAGCAUUGCCACAAUACAGUGAACAAAUUGACAAGCUCUCUCUCCAUGUAGAGAUUGCUAGAAAAAUCAACGACCUUAUCAGAGAACAGGGACUUCGGGAGCUUGGACAACUUGAACAAGACCUUGUGUUUGGUGAUGCUGGGAUGAAGGAUGUGAUUAAAUAUUUGAGUACUCAAGAGGAGGCAAGUCGUGAAGGUAAGUUACGCCUGUUGAUGAUCCUCGCGACAAUUUACCCUGAAAAGUUCGAAGGCGAAAAAGGUCAAAAUCUAAUGAAGCUGGCAAAACUCUCAUCUGAUGACAUGAGCGCUGUAAAUAAUAUGAGAUUACUUGGCUCAGCCGUCGAUGCUAAAAAGAAUGCCCCAGGAGGUUUCACUUUGAAGUUUGAUCUUCACAAGAAAAAACGAGCUGUCAGGAAAGAGCGCCAAGAGGAAGCAGCAUGGCAGUUAUCUCGUUUUUACCCGAUGAUUGAGGAACUCGUCGAGAAACUUAGCAAAGGAGAAUUGCCAAAAGAGGAUUUCCCAUGUAUGAACGACCCAAGCCCGAGUUUCCAUGGAUCAACGUCACUUUCAUCAGCAGCAAGUAGUAGUCAAGGUCAAGCUGCUCAGUCCAUGAGAUCAAGACGCACACCAACAUGGGCUAAACCUCGAGGUUCAGAUGAUGGAUAUUCAAGUGAUUCGGUGCUGAGACAUGCGUCAAGCGAUUUCAAGAAGAUGGGACAGCGAAUAUUUGUGUUUAUCGUUGGAGGAGCGACAAGAUCAGAGUUAAAAGUAUGCCACAAACUAACCACGAAACUCAAAAGAGAAGUAAUCCUCGGGUCCACAAGCCUCGACGAUCCUCCACAGUUCAUAACGAAACUGAAGCUUCUGACUGCAAAUGAGUUAUCUAUAGACGAUCUCCAGAUAUGA